CGACUGCCCUCCUCCUCUCCCACAGACCCGCUCUUUGCUGAGUGUCUUUGAAGAGGAUGCCGGAACUCUCACUGUCUAUACCAAUGAACUGCUGCAGGCCAUGCAGCGAGUCUACGGGGCCCAGAAUGAAAUGUGCCUGGCCACACAGCAACUUUCCAGGCAGCUGCUGGCGUAUGAGAAGCAGAACUUUGCCCUUGGCAGAGGUGAUGAAGAAGUCAUCUCCACCCUGCACAGUUUUUCCAAGGUGGUGGAAGAGCUUAAUGUCCUCCAUACGGAGCUGGCCAGGCAGCUGGCGGACACCAUGGUCCUGCCCGUCGUCCAGUUCCGGGAGAAGGACCUCACAGAAAUAAGCACUCUGAAGGAUCUCUUUGGACUUGCCAGCAACGAUCACGAUCUUGCCAUGGCAAAAUACAGCCGGCUUCCUAAGAAGAAGGAGAACGAAAAGGUGAAGGCCGAGGCCAGGAAAGAGGUGGCAGCUGCGCGGCGGAAGCAGCACCUGUCGUCCCUGCAGUACUACUGCGCCCUCAACGCGCUGCAGCACCGGAAGCGGAUGGCCAUGGUGGAGCCCAUGAUGGGCUUCGCCCACGGGCAGAUUAGCUUCUUCAAGAAGGGCGCUGAGAUGUUUUCCAGGAGCAUGGACAGCUUCCUCUCCUCCACGGCAGACAUGUUUCAAAGCAUCCAGGUGGAGCUGGAGGCCGAAGCAGAGAAGAUGCGGGUGUCGCAGCAGGAGCUGCUGUCUGUGGACGAGUCCGUGUACACCCCAGACCUAGACGCGGUUGCCCCGGAGAUCAACCGGAACCUCAUCCAGAAGGCCGGCUACCUCAACCUGAGGAACAAAACGGGGCUGGUGAGCACCAGCUGGGAGCGGCUCUACUUCUUCACCCAGGGCGGGAACCUCCUGUGUCAGCCCCGGGGCGCUGUGGCCGGGGGACUCAUCCAGGACCUGGACAACUGCUCGGUGAUGGCAGUGGACUGCGAGGACCGGCGCUACUGCUUCCAGAUCACAGCUCCCAACGGGAAAUCGGGAAUAAUCCUCCAGGCAGAGAGCAGGAAGGAGAACGAGGAGUGGAUCUGCGCCAUCAACAACAUCUCCAGGCAGAUCUACCUGACUGACAACCCAGAGGCCGUGGCCAUCAGGCUGAACCAGACGGCUCUGCAGGCGGUGACUCCCAUCACGAGUCUGGGGAAGAAGCAGGAAAGCUCUGGGCCCAGCCAGAUCCCAAAGAACUCGGAGCUCGAGAGUGACAAGACCGACCCCACGGCAGCAGCCGCAGUUCUUGAGCCCGAAGAGCUGAUCGCGCCUGGGACGCCCAUUCAGUUUGACAUCGUGCUCCCCGCCACGGAGUUCCUGGACCAGAACAGAGGCAGCAGGAGGACCAACCCUUUCGGCGAGACUGAGGAUGACUCGUUUCCGGAUGCGGAAGAUUCGCUUCUGCAGCAGAUGUUCAUAGUUCGGUUUUUGGGGUCCAUGGCUGUUAAGACGGACGGCACCGCAGAAGUGAUUUACGAAGCGAUGAGACAAGUCCUGGCCGCGCGAGCGAUCCACAACAUCUUCCGGAUGACGGAGUCCCACCUGCUGGUCACCAGCCGGGCGCUGAGGUUGAUAGAUCCUCAGACCCAGGUGUCAAGAGCCAGUUUUGAACUCACCAGCAUCACCCAGUUCGCUGCUCAUCAAGAGAACAGGAGACUGUUCGGCUUUGUCGUCCGCAUCCCCGAGGCUGCGGGAGGGGAGUCUCUGAGCACAUACAUUUUCGAAAGCAACUCAGAAGGCGAAAAGAUAUGUUAUGCUAUGAAUUUGGGGAAAGAAAUUAUUGAGGUUCAGAAGGAUCCUGAAGCGCUGGCUCAACUAAUGCUGUCUCUGCCACUAACCCAUGAUGGGAAGUACGUCCUGCUAACCGAGCAGGCGGAGGACAGCGACGGCAGCCCGGGCGGGCGCAGAGGCGCAGAGUCGGAAGCGUGACUCCCAGGCCGGGGAAGUGGCGGGGCCGGGCCGCUCCUCAGGGCUGUCCACCUUCUCUGCCGUGCAGGCGCACAACCUGGUUUCGGGCUGCUGACGCGCACGUGGACCCCGAUGCCUUCAUCGGCCAGGCGGGAAGCAGGCAGCCCAGUGGCCGCGUUCCUGCGUCUGCACUUGUUCCUUAGGUGCUUGGUGGUGAGUGCUUCCGCGGACUGCGUGUCGGCACGCGUCGGAGGCUUGGCGAUGUCCCGUCCGCUUCACCCGGAUGUCAUCUGCCACUUCUGGUGUCCUUAGAAACAGCAAAGGCCUAGAUUUACAAUUUGAUAAACACUAGAUUCUUCCUAUUAAUCUAGUUUUGUAUUUUACCUAAUGAGCUCUAAGUGCCUGUUGUGCUGAAAGUGUACGGGAAGCCAGCUCAUCUCAUCGGCCCUACAGCACUGUGUGCGCACUGGGGCCUGACCCGGGCAUCGCUGACCCCAGGCCAGCAGCUGAGCCCCGCGAGAGUCGCCAGGCGUCACCCAGCAGGCACUGGCUGGUCCUCCAGCCCUGACUGGUGGGGUUUGCUGGGCCCAAGGCCCAGUGCUGCCGUUCAUUCUUCUGAGCCAGACCCGAGGACAGGCCAGUGAAUUUUCACAAACCCCAGCCCAUCCACUGUCUGCCUAACCAGCAAUUAAUGGUAAAGAUCUUGAACUAUACACUGUUUUUAACUGUAACAAAUCCAACAGACUAUCACUACCUGUGUAAUAAAUUAACCUAGCAAUGA